GAUUUGUGAAAAUAAAAAUUUGUUAGUGAAAGCAUAGUGUGAUUGAUGAGGGGCGGACGAUGGCCAAACUUUUUUGGAGACGAAAAUUGCAGUGAGGUUCACGUUUGAUUGUCUGCUGGAGAUUGCAAAUAAUACCAAUUAUUUCAACUUGAGAUCUAAUUUCACCCUUCAUUCAAUCCCCUUCUUCUUUGGAGCUUCAGAUUUUGUUUCCAUUCAAUUCACUCACUGAACGAUUCCCAAAUUUGAAACCCCAUUUCUCCCUUUUGAUCUUCCCUUUUUUCUGGGUCGUUUCGUUUCUCUUUCCUUCUUGGCUGCAGAUUUUGUUGAUUUUCUCUUGUGGGAUCACCCCAUGUUCCAAUCAAUUCUUAUCAUUCUCUACUUCUUUUUCAGGUGAUGAUAUGAUAAUGGACUGUUUGAUUACUUAGAAUUUUUUCCCCUUUUUCAGUGGCAAGUAUUGAAGAUCUUCCUCUUCUUUCGUAGGAGAAACUUGCUCAUCUGACAAAACCAUGGUUCAGAAACUGCAACCUACCAAAGGUGGUGGAGGAUCCAUUAAGGUUGGAGCCACCGGAACUAUUAGCUCUCUAAUGAUGAGGGAAUUAGAGUCAAUGAGAUCCGGCCCGAAGAAGCCUGUAAAUUCCAAAAACAAAUCUUCAUCUGCUGCUUCCGUUCCUAAAAGACUACAACAAAGUAAAUCAUUUGAAGAGGUAAGCAAUAGAAGCUAUAAUAGUGUUAAUAGCAGAAGCUUUGGGAACUCUCAUAAUGCUACUAAAAUCGGUUCGAGGGAUGUCCAUCGUAUGCCAAUGCUUAGCUCUAAUGAUGUUUAUACUGAUGGAAAUAGCUAUAGAGAGAAACCAGAAAGGAAAGGACUUAGAGCAGUCGCUAUUGUGGAUGUAAAGUGCAAUAACCCUGAUAGAGCUUGGGCUAGCCGCCCUCUAUCAAGUCGACUUAGGAAACUUGGUUUUUCAAAGCUAUCAGAAACCUUUGCUUGACUCGCAUCAUGACCGACCUAUAGGCUGCUUUCUAUCCAAAUCUUUGUCACUUUAGGAGCAUGCUGCCCCCCAUCCUCAAGUUUUCUUGUAGUCAGCUAUAGGAUUUCGAAGGAUGUAUAGAAAGAACGUUCUGUAAGGCUGUAAUGGACCUUUGGGGGCUGUAACUGUGAGUCUCAUUGACCCGAAAUCGAUGAUUGGUUGCAUUAUUACAGAUCAAACUCUGCCCUGGGCCCCCCUCCAUCAGGAGGCUGGCUCUCAUUCAAGUAUCCUCUAGGCAAUUUAGCUGGAUUUAUCUCCUGCCCGUGCCCCGGUGGGACGCUAUACCGUGUUCUUGUUGUUGGCCAUUUUGUUUCUUUAGUUUAAAGUGAAAGAAAGCUAGCUUGGCCUUAUUAUUUGACAUGUUUAGAUUGUAAUUUGUUCUCUUCCCAUAUUUGACAUGUUUGUAUUGUAUCCAAAACUUGUAAUAGUAAAGAUUGUCUUUAUCACUUGGGUCCCUUUUAA